AUGCCCCUCAGCGCAAACGGCUUCGACGCCUGGAUUGUGGUCGGCGACGACGAAGCAGAGUUCUACGCGCCAGAGCUGCUCGAGGAGCCCAGCGGAUAUACCUCCUGGAUCGCCUCUGAGCUGGGCAAAGAAUUCUCCAUCCACUGGCGCAACACGGACGUGUUCUGCCAGACCGUGGGCCGGGUGUGGGUCGACGGCAUCGAGUGCUCCGGGGAGAUCCUCCUCGGCCCCAAUAUGUCCACCCGUGUGUCGGGGCGGAGAACAACUGGAUCAGCACUGUCGCCCUUUCUUUUUUCGACUAUCAAUUUUACAGAUGACGACGACUUCGUUGACAUAACGUCAAGUCGCGAUAUUGGGCUCAUCAAACUGGAAUUAUGGACGAUAAACAUGACGGGAACCAAGCCGUUUACGGACAACGCUCCUGUCGCCGAGUCCAAGGUUCACGAGCGCUCCAAGAAAGGCGUUGCACACCAAACAAAGUUUGGCGAACCGGUGCAAGGAAAUAUGCGUUCUGCCGCAAUCGUCGAGUACCUCGAAACCUUCCCGAUCGUUACAUUCACAUUCAAAUACCGCUCACUGGACAUACUGCAGGCAAACGGAAUCGCGCCAGCAAGCGUUCGGCCGGCGAAGCGGAAAUCCGGUACCGUGAAGCUGGAGGAAAUGGCUCUUUCCAAACGCCUGAAGCGCGAACCGCUGUCCGUCGGCCGCAAUGGCAAGUCCAGCGAGGUAAUUGAUUUAACGAGGGACUCGAACUCGCCUCCAGCGACCGCCGAAGUUAUCGACUUGACCUAA